AUGGCGGCUCCCAUGUCCUGGAGGAGGCUGGUGUACUCCGUGUACUCACCGGCCAUCACCGGGGUUUUUACCCGAAUAUCUGACCGGCUCUUCCGUGUCCGGGACAGAAGAGGAGGCUCCUCCGUGCUGCUGCUGGCUCCCCUGCUGGCCGAAGCUGACCCAGCCCCAUGUCGUGUCGCCAGGCCCACCGGGUCGGCCGGAGCUCAGGGCACAGACGGCCUCUGCUCCCACUUUCGAUGGAUGGCAGAGCAUGUACCUGCCUUUCGGGUGCCGGGCACCCACAUCCACAUCCUCACAUCACCCGACCAGUUCUACCAGGCCAUGAAGGCACGAAUCAAGACCGCAAAGAGGCGAGUGGUGAUGGCCUCGUUGUAUCUGGGAACAGGUCAGCUGGAGCAGGAGCUGGUGGACUGUAUGGAGGAAGCUCUACAACGCUCGCAGGACAACAGUCACUCUCCUGACCUGAAGGUCUCCGUAUUGCUGGACUACACCCGCGGGUCACGAGGGCAGAUUAACUCCAGGACCAUGCUGCUGCCGUUGUUGCAGCGCUUCUCCUCUCAGAUGCGGGUCUCUCUGUACCACACUCCAGACCUGAGGGGGCUGCUGCGGCUGCUGGUCCCUCAGCGCUUCAACGAGACCAUCGGGGUCCAGCACAUCAAAGUCUACCUGUUUGAUGACAGCAUAAUCAUCAGCGGGGCCAACCUCAGCGACUCCUACUUCACCAACAGACAGGACCGCUACGUGCUGCUGGAGAACUGCAGGGAGGUCGCCGACUUCUUCUCCGAGCUGGUGGACGCCGUGGGAGACGUCUCCCUGCAGCUUCAGCCCGACGACUCGGUCACCAUGCUGGAGGGCAUGGUGCACCCGUACAAAGGCAACAGGCAGGACUUCUCGGCAGUGGCGCGGAAGCGGAUCAUGGAGGUCAUGAACACGGCUCACAUGAGGCAACGGCUGCUGAACCGCUCCGAGGACUCUGAGGACGAGGGGAUGAGCGAGGGGGAGGACGACACCUGGGUGUUCCCUCUGGUCCAGAUGAAACCUCUGGGCAUCCAGGUGGACGAGCAGGUCACACAGCGUUUGCUGACAGACGCCGGGCCAGACUCCACUGUGUUUCUAACAUCAGGUUACUUCAACCUGACCCGGGCUUACAUGCGGCUGGUGCUCGGGGCCGGAGCCAGCUACCGCAUCCUCACCGCCUCCCCCGAGGUCAACGGGUUCUUCGGGGCCAAGGGCGUCGCCGGAGCGAUCCCCGCGGCCUACAUCCACAUUGCCAGACAGUUUUACAACCGGGUGUGCCAGCUGGGCCAACAGGAGAGGGUACACCUGCACGAGUACCACAGAGCACAGUGGACCUUCCACGCCAAAGGUCUGUGGUAUUACCUCCAGGGGCAGGAUCGGCCUUGCCUCACUCUAAUUGGUUCCCCUAAUUUCGGUUACCGCUCGGUUCACCGUGACCUGGAGGCCCAAAUCGCCAUAGUAACGGAGAAUGAGGAGCUGCAGAGCCAGCUGCAGGAGGAGCAGGAGAUGUUGUACCAGCGCUCCACUGAGGUGUCCAGCUCCACGUUCGAGCGGCCAGACCGCCACGUCAAGCUGUGGGUGAAACUAGUGACCCCCUUCAUCAAGAAUUUCUUCUGAGACGCCAUCAGGAGGCAGGUGCUGCAGAUUCCCUCGGCCCUGAGGUUGGUGAUGUCUUGGUGGAGGUCGGGCCGCUCCUGCAGACGGCACAGUUGGACACGCUCGGCAUGCUGGGAGUCUGCUUCUUCAGCUUCACCCGAGCUACAACCCUCAUCAGUGAUACACACACACACACACGCACACUAACAGAAGCAGAUAUAUGUGGUGAAUUCAGGAGGUAAAAUGUCUUGAUUUUAAUUCAAGCUCCAGAUCCUGCAUACAAAAUCUUUUACUCCGUUAGAUUGUUUAUAUAUUAAGACUUGGCGUCGUUACACUGUGGAUUUCUGGUUUUGUAUUACUGACUACAAGCAGUUUAAAAAUAUCUACUUCUACUAUUGUACAUACAUCUCUACAGGUACAUGUUGCAUGUAUAAAAAGCAAUAGAGACUUCAUCAGUGAGUGUCCCUGAUGGUUAACAGACGGGUGUGGUGAAGCAUUAUGAUUCCUCAAAGAGCCUUAAUAAUAGUUUUUAAGAGCUCGUCGAGUGUUUACAGCUCUGCCCGCAGCGGUAAUCAAAGUUCAACUGUACAGCGUCUAUGUGUUAUUAUCUUUGUAAAUUAAAGGAUGAUGUGGUGAGUUUUUAAAAACGACUUC